AUAGAGAUACGCUAACCUAUCUGUCAAACGAUAUUCCCAUCAAACAAACGAAAAUCGUGCAACCCACUUAGACAGUUUUAGGACGGAGAUAUCUAUGAAAACAGCCCUCAACUGCAAACCAAUGCAUUUGAUUCUACACAUGGACGGAAAUACUUAGAUAACCACAACUUUGUUUUCCCUCAUCAGUUCCCCCGUCACCAUCUCUCUCUUAUAUUUCUUGCAUUUGCAAACCCAAAAAUUUGUAUCACCCAAAUUUGUACAGCUAAUUGUUUGUUUGUUGACUUUUAUUUUAUUUGAGAUGGCGAACACCACCAUUGCUGCGGGUCCUACAUUUUCCUUGCAACACCGUGUUACUGAACGUCAUCACGUACUUGGCAGGGUUGGAAUUACUACUCAUAAUCUGUUCUUUACACCAGCAGCGCCUACUCUAAGGAGGAGAUUUUGUCCAUCUAUAGACGUAUUUCAGGUUGGGCAAUCGUCCUCUGAUGGAACCUUCAACAGCGUAAUGUGUUCCAGCACUGUUGAAGGCGCAGAUAAGCUUUCAACCGAUCAGUCUCGAGUAUCAAGGCUAGUUUACAGGGGCUGCAAGCUAAUAGGAUGUGGCUCUGCAUUACCAGCUCUAAAAGUAUCCAAUGAUGAUCUUGCAAAAGUUGUUGAUACUAACGAUGAAUGGAUAUCUGUUCGGACAGGAAUUCGUAACCGUAGAAUUCUUUCAGGCAAAGAAAAUUUAACCGAGCUGGCUGCAGAGGCUGCAAGGAAAGCUCUUGAGAUGGCAGAGGUUGGUCCUAAUGAUGUUGACCUAAUUUUGCUAUGCAGUUCAACUCCAGAGGACCUUUUUGGCAGUGCUCCGCAGAUCCAAAAAGCACUUGGCUGCAAAAGCAAUCCAUUGGCUUUUGAUAUUACAGCUGCUUGUAGCGGGUUCAUGUUGGGUUUGGUAUCUGCUGCUUGCUAUAUCAGAGGUGGUGGUUUUAAGAAUGUUCUUGUAAUAGGGGCUGAUGCUCUAUCUCGCUAUGUUGACUGGACAGAUAGAGGGACCUGUAUUCUCUUUGGUGAUGCUGCUGGUGCUGUAGUGGUGCAGGCCUGUGAUAUUGGAGAAGAUGGUUUAUUUGGUUUUGACUUGCAUAGUGAUGGUGAAGGUCAAAGGCACUUGAAUGCUUCAAUCAAAGAGAAUGAAACCGAUCAUGCAUUUGGUACAAAUGGCUCUGUUAUUGGUUUUCCACCAAAAGGUUCCUCUUACUCUUGCAUCCAGAUGAAUGGUAAAGAGGUCUUUAGAUUUGCCGCCCGUGUUGUGCCGCAAUCAAUUGAAGCAGCUUUAGAGAAUGCAGGUUUUCGUAGUUCCGAAAUUGAUUGGCUGCUUCUCCACCAGGCAAACCAAAGGAUUCUUGAUGCAGUAGCAACACGUUUGGAGGUGCCAUCAGAACGUGUCAUAUCAAAUUUAGCAAAUUAUGGCAAUACGAGUGCUGCAUCGAUACCCUUGGCACUGGAUGAAGCUGUUCGAAGUGGGAAAGUGCAGGCAGGCCAUGUCAUUGCUGCUGCUGGAUUUGGGGCUGGACUUACGUGGGGCUCUGCAAUACUCAGAUGGGGGUAAACACUUCUGUGGAGUUUGGGGCUGGUCUCGCAUCUGGAUUCUGCAGUAAUCGAAUAGGAAUGAAACCUCUCAACGUAUGAGUAGAGCUUAAACAUAGAUGGAAAGAAGAGAUGAUAAGGUCGCAUUUUCCUUUGUUUAGUCGUAGCUGAUUCUGUAGGCUUCAAUGGCAGAAUCUCCUCUUGGUCUCUCGUCGUCUCUGGUUAUCUUAUGUAUUAAUUUUUCCUAACGUCAAUAAAUUAUCAACAUUUUGCCCCAUUUUGAAGUUACUAUUAUUGAAGUACAUGUAUUCUGCA